AUGGCCAAUUUUUCUCGCAGCUAUAUCACCAUCUUUUUCCUCUUCACUUGCAUUGGUUUCAGCCUUGGAAUCACUCCAGAUGCUGUCUGGAGGUCAAUGUGCUAUCAUCGAUGUAUUGCUAAGCAAGUUAUAAAAGGUGAAAAGCCGGGAUGUACCAAACCCAUUACUCAGGAGUGUUAUGAGCCAUGCUUUAGGCCUUGUAACACAUCGUACAGUGGAAAAAAUUUCUGUAAAGACUUUACUUGUCGAAGUUUUACCAGCAAUCAAGGAGCAAUUUGCCUCUCUUCCUGUGAAUUCGUCCAUAACGUCAUCUCAAUGAACUUGCCAUAUAACCAGAGUUUUGUUGAUCCUCUAUUUGCAAAUCCUCACUGGAAUACUGAGGAAAAUCUACUGAGUUCCCUAUGCAAUAGCAACAAUGCAGGUGCAAUGAAAUAUAUUGUCAAAAAUUUGGUGAUUGGAAAUGAACCGUUUCGGACAAAAUCAAACAACGAAAUUUGCACCUGCUCCGCCAAAAAUUCAUUGACAUUACCUCCCAAUGUUGGCCAGUAUGUCGUUCCCCCUUUAAAGUCUUCAGUUGACUAUAAAAGUGGCCACCUCGUCUUACAAGUAAAAUUUAAACCUAAAGGGGAAUGGCAGGAAUUACGUUACUUUCUCAAAAACCUGAAUGAUGAUUCAGGAGCUGUGGUCAGCUACUGUAACAUAACCAAAAGUAAUGUGGCAACCGCCAUCUUGCACCAACCUAAAGAUCAAAUUCGUUACAACAUUCAGCAAAAUAAUAAUGGCAUCGAAUUUAUGGUCCUCGUGGUGCCUAGUAUUCCUAAUCUAGAUACUACCUUAUCCUUAGCGAAGCUUACUCCAGCAGCACUAGAAUAUUUAAACCCCACUACUGCAACUGCACCUACUGGGAACGUAUCGGAAUCCGAUUAUGCCACAUCUGGAAGUAAAUAUUAUAAUCUAAAUGAUGUAUAG